GCCCCUGUGCCGUGCUGCCUGCCCAGACACUUGCUCUCCUGGGCCUCAGGGGUGCCUGGCUCCCUGCUCCCUCUUCUCAAUGGUGCUGUUUUCCUGCUCUGUUUGUUUUCCUUGCUCUAAUUAGAGUCUCUAAAAGCAGCCUUGGCUCCUCCUGCCCGCUGGCUUCUGCUCAAUUUGUUCUCAAAUGAGACUCGCUUCUGCUGCUUGUCUCUGGGGUCACGGUGCUCCGGAGAGCUGCAUCAAGCUGAUCUUUGCCCGUUGGGAGGAAAGAUGCGAGGCACGAGGCUUUCCUGGCUGCCGCCACUCUGAACAUGAGGGACGAUGCCAGCCCUUGGCACGCAAAGUACGGAGUUGGCAGGGGACGGAUUCUUCCCCGCUGCAGGGGCUGGAGAGGGGAGUUGUCUCCUUCCCUUGUGCCUUCCUGACGUCUCACAUCCAGAUGACUUGCCUGGGAGCUGCUGGCGGUAACUCCUCUGGAGUCAGAGGCCCCGUCGUGCUGCGGCUGUGCGGACGUGGCAGGGGAAGGCGGUUGUGGUCACAAAGUGCCUGUGGCUCUGCCUGGCCCUGGCUGGGCAGCAGCUCCUCAAAGGCACAACGCGGGUGCUGCGAGGGGUGCAGAGCUGUGUGGGGCAGGUGGCUUUGCCCGCGUUGGGGUACACCUGGCCAGCGCUGGCUCCCCUCACCCGGCUCCUUGCUCUCCCCUGUUGCCGCAGGGUCUGAGCAGGGUCCGGCCACCGCUGCCCUCCUUGCUGACAGCUGCUGCCUCUCCUUGCAGGGGACGCUGGAGGGCCUGGAGGAGGAGCUUCUGGCCUUCUUCUCCGUCACCCCUCAUUCCGUCUACACGGCGCUGAUGGACAACAGCUUCGAGCGACUCCUGCUCCAUGCGCUCUGCCAGUACAUGGACCUUGUCUCUGCCAGUUCGGACAUCGAAGGGAAACGUCAAAUGAAAGUGAGCAACAAACAUCGCGUCUUCCUGCCCCCUGAGCUCCUGCUCUCAGACUACCUGGGGCAGAUGAGCUGAUACCCCGAGGGACACCCUGCCCCUCGCUUGGUGCGCUGAAGGCUUCCUUCAUCUGCUCCUGGCCUCUCCCAGCCCCGCCGUCCCCUCAGCCGCUGCCCGCCUCUCCCCCUGCAGAGUGGGACGCGGUGCAGACCAGCCCCUCCCUCGCACCCUCCUUGAGGGGCUCAUCCCUUCCCGUCCUCCAAGAGCAGAUGCUUGAGGGUGCUGAGCUGGGGGCUCACGGAGCAGUGCCGCACUCCCCGUGGGAUGCCGGGACUCACGCCUGCGGGGCGGCAGGCAGCGUGGCCCUGCCAGAUAUCGCCGCGCUCCAGGCAGGAGGCGUGGGCCAAGCAGGUGCCUAUCUGUCAUGCUUGCCCUGUUCCCUGGGUUGCAGUGCUGCUUCCCGGCCCGAGCCGCUCUCCCUGGAACUGUUUGUGUGUCUAUUUAUAGCCCAGGUGCUUUUAAAAAUAAUCGGGCUGGGCCAAACCCACCUCUCUGGCACUGACGCUCGUGGGGUGAUUUCAGUCCAGAUUUUUCUGUGGUGAAACAGCUCCUUGCGGCUGCUGAGCAAACGCUGAGCCAGCGGAAGAGCCUGGGGGCUGUCGCGUUCCCAGGCUUUGUCCAGCGCCCGCAGCUCUGCGCCCGUGAGGGCGUGUUUCGCGGUGGGAGCUCCUCACUCCGAGCCCCCAGGUGCUGUCACCCCGCUGGUGUUUCGGCUGUUCCCCACCUUGCGCACCAGCCUGCAGCGUGCAGUCCUGCC